AUGCCUUCUUACUCCCUCCCUCACACAACAUCUUUACUUAGUCUCCUCAUUCUCAGUUUCCCUCCUUCUGAUCACUUUAGUCUGUUCUCCCUCACUCCUCCUUGGCUCUGUCACUCACAUCAGUUCUCCCUGGACAUCAUCUCUUCCAUCAGAGAUCGUUGGAUCUGCGUUUUGCCAAGUGGACGCACUCCCCCGCAGUCACCAUUUCCACCCCGGAGAGUUCCACGCUGGCAGCGCAGCCUCUUCCCAGGCUGAGCAUCGGGCGGAAGACCCUGGUGGCAGCUGCUGUUGGGGUCAUGCUGGUCCUGGUUCUGGUGGUCAUCAUCCCUGUGCUAGUCAGCUCAGUUGGCACAGGCAGCACGGAAGACAGUGCCAGCCACUACGAAAUGCUGGGCACCUGCCGUAUGGUGUGCGACCCUUUCCCGAGCACCGGCACUGCAGGCUCAGGCGUGCACACCGGCACGGACACAGCAACCACCGGCUUUCUAGUGGACAAUGGGGAAGACCUGAGUGAUCACAGCAUCGGCCCACCAUUACCUACAUACAGCGCUCACGGUGCACAAGGCAAAGUGGGACGUCCCGGAAAGCCUGGACCCCCGGGACCCCCUGGAGAACCAGGUCCACCUGGGCCAAGGGGACCACCAGGCGACAAUACGGACAUUGUUCGAACAGGAGUUCUUGGAGCAGUCAGCACAACCACCUACAACACCACUCCGCGGGUGGCAUUCUAUGCAGGACUACGAAACCCUCAAGAAGGUUAUGAUAUACUGCAUUUUGACGAUGUGGUGACGAACAUAGGUGGUAACUAUGAGGGUACAACAGGCAAGUUUACCUGUAAGAUUCCCGGCACCUACUUUUUUAUCUAUAAUGUGCUGAUGAGAGGAGGAGAUGGCACCAGUAUGUGGGCGGACCUGAACAAAAACGGUCAGGUUAGGGCCAGCGCCAUUGCCCAAGACCAGGACCAGAGCUAUGACUACGCCAGCAACAGUGUCAUUCUGCAUUUAGAUGCAGGCGAUGAAGUUUUCAUAAAGCUGGACGGGGGAAAAGCUCACGGUGGCAACAGCAACAAAUACAGCACCUUCUCUGGGUUCCUCCUGUAUGCUGACUGAAUCCCCGAGAGGAAACAGCGGCUCGCAGGUGACAGAUCUCCACCGAUAGAUUCUGAUUUUCACUUCUUGAACUAAGGCUCAUGUUGCCCACAGCCCCAGAUCCACAGUUAGAUUGGCUCAUUGGAGAUGCUUAUUGCUGUGGAUCUGCAGGUUUCGGUUACUUCCGCCUCCUCGUCCAUUCAUUACACUGUAAACUGUGUGCCUAACAGACACGCCUUGGAUUGACAUGAACACUCAGUUCAGUCACGCUGGGGUGCAGUGAUAAAUCUGACGGUGGACUCAGCCUCAUCCCACUUGUGAAAUGUGAUCUUCAGGUUUCUGUUGACUUGUUUCAUGUAUGUAAGAUGUUGCACAAAAAUGAAAGAGGAAUUUAUCCAGAGAACUUGAUGUAUGUUGGAUGAGAUUGUGAUGUCUGAGUGGCAAACAAGUGUGAUGAAAGUGUGUCUUUUCAGCUCAUCAUAUCUGGAAAAUUGUGUGAGUAUAGAAUUGUAUAUUUGAUAUUCAAUCUUUGUGCAUAAUACAGUCGAAGUAACGUCAACUUACUGUAUUUUCUCUGUAACCACCAACGCUGUUGAUAGGUAUGGUCUUAUCAUGUAACGUGCUCAUUGAAAAAUUUGCUUAUGCAUGCAUGCCACACUUGUUCACGUGUUCCAUGUCUUCACAAAUGAUAAAUGUUGAUUCAGAAAUUUGGGUUAAAAAGAUCAUUGUGGACUUUGGGGAGAGUUACUGUUGUUCAUUUAACUUAUUAUUUUUAAUUAAAAAAUAGCUCCCAAAGCUGAACAUCAUUGGUUUCCUUCAUCGGCUGUUCUGAUCUUUCAUUAUCCUGUGAAACCAGCUUUUAGCCCUCCAAAUGUUACAACUAAAAGAAGCCCGCCAACGCCGCGAGAGGCAAUCAAUGUUGGGGAUAUCACAGCUGUGUUAAAUGCCAAAUGAAGCAGGGGAAGAUUGGGAGGCACAAUCAAAGGAGGGACGUGUUUUUUUCCCCUUAACAGCCAUGGAUACGGUGGGGGGACGGGUGUUAGACCAUAUCAUGACAAAGCUUAGAUCCACCCUGCAAAGUAAACCAGGGCAAAUUAUGCUCUGCUGUGACUGCGACACGAGUGUUAGCGACAAGAAAAACAGCUCGCGGGCACAAACUGUUAAAACUGUCCGGUUUUCUUAAAAGCUGCUUUGACAUUAUGAUAUUCUUUCGACGCGAUUCACCUCUGACACUGGUUCCCAAACUGUCUCUCACAUGUAGUUGGAAGCGCAAAGUCAAAAGUUCAAAAAUUUGGAGGAUAUCAAAAUGUGAGAUUCUUUACAUCAGUCCGCUGAGAUAAACAAUACAAGUGACAGGAUUAGACUAAAUGGACACAAUGAGCUGUGUUACAAUAUCCCGAUGUCACUUUAACUUCUUCUUGCAGUCGAAGCCACAAAACAUUCUGCUCUGAACUUACGCUUGAAUUGAAAUUCCUCCAGACACAAUUAAGAGUGAGGUUCUGCACAUAGGCAGAGGUCAUCCGAGCCAUGGGGCCAUCGAGUACUGGAGCAGGCGCUUUUCUCCUUGCAGCAUGCAUGAGCAGAUCGUCACAUUAGAGACUUCAUGUCACAAUGUCAAAGACAAACGCCGGCGGUGUGGUCGCAAAGAAACGACUCUCUCUGCUGAGACCAUUGCGUGUGGACAUUGCCCGAGAGAAUGCAGCAUCUGUACUUUGUAUGAUAUUGUCAGGGAGAAGCAGAAACUCAAAUCAAAAGCUUAAAAACUAACGCUAAAUGGCAUUUAUUCUUCGAAACACAUGGCCUAAGAGGGCGUAACAGAACUAUACAUAUUAGGCUUCUUAAGGUUGUGUAUUCGUAAAAAUUGGUUGUUUCAUUAACUUUUGCCAAUGGGUGCUUCUAACUAUUAUUGUGCAAAAGGAAUUACCUUUGACUCACUUUUCAUUAGCACAAUUAUUAAUUUGAACUUUUCCUUUUAUAAGUGAAAAUAAUUCUCAGUGUUACAAAUAAUUUAGGUGAUUUUAUACAUUUUCAACCUGAGCUAAAAAUAAGGUUGAUUCAGGUCCUCCCACCCACUCCCUGUCAGGAAAUUGAGAUGGCUUCAGUCUGACAUUUGCAUGGGGCAAGUCGUUGAGGCGUUAGGCUUAUCAGACCACUGCAGAGCGAGCGUGCACGCAUGUGGGGCCGUGUGUGCGAGCGUUUGGGUCAGCGUGUCUGCAUGUUCCUUCUGCGAGAAAGGAGAAUGUCUUCACUGAAAUGUCUAAAGUGACGCUAAUGAGCCCCUUGCUGUUGUUAUCUUGAGCAUCCCCACUUAGCGCACUGGGGGACAUCCAAAAUCACAGAUAGAUGCUCUGUCAGGCUAAAUUGCUCUUCAUCCUCCGACACAGUCCCUCCCCAUCGGAGAUGCAGCCACCUGCCCCCUCCAAAAAA